AUGCGGGCGGCGGAGGGGUGGGGACCCGGGUGGGCUGCGCCCUCGCCCUCACCCAUUCCCACCCGCCGAAAGCAGACGCUGUCAGCCGAAUCGCUCCCCUCUCAGGAGGAGGGAGGGGAGAAAGGUGUCUAGCCCCCUUCGGCUUAAAAACGCUGAGGGGACUCGCGGCCGCUCCUUCCCGCGCCCGACCAUGCCCCCCCGCACCUCCCUGCUCGGCCGCGGGCGAGGACUUGACUUCUGGAGCUGAGGGCUAGAACUUUUUUGACUUUUCUUCUCCUCAACAACCGAAUCAUGCCAUGUGCCCAGAGGAGCUGGCUUGCAAGCCUUUCUGUGGUGGCUCAGCUCCUUAACUUUGGGGCGCUUGGCCAUGGGGGGCCGCCUCAGCCAGGCCCGCUUCGCUUCCCGGACAGGAGGCAAGAGCAUUUUAUCAAGGCCCUGCCCGAAUACCACGUGGUGGCUCCUGUCCAGGUAGAUGCCAGUGGGCAUUUCCUGUCGUAUGGCUUGCACCUUCCCGUCAAGAGCAGCAGGAAGAAGAGAGAUGUGGAUGGCUCAGAGGAUCGGGUGUACUACAGAAUUUCUCAUGAGGAGAAGGACCUGUUUUUUAAUUUGACGGUCAAUCAGGGAUUUCUUUCCAAUAGCUACAUCGUGGAGAAGAGGUAUGGGAACCUCUCCCAUGUGAAGAUGAUGGCUUCCUCCGCCCCCCGCUGCCAUCUCCGGGGCACGGUCCUGCAGCAGGGCACCAGAGUCGGGACGGCAGCCCUCAGUGCCUGCCAUGGACUGACUGGAUUUUUCCAUCUACCACAUGGAGACUUUUUCAUUGAGCCUGUGAAAAAGCAUCCACUGGCUGAGGAAGGGUACCACCCACACAUCGUUUACAGGAGACAGAGGUGGAGAGUUCCAGAGACCGAGGAGUCAAGCUGUGGAUUAAAGGACAGUGUUGACACCUCCCAGAAGCAAGAGCUGCAGCGGGAGAAGUGGGAGAGGAACAACUUGCCAAGCAGAAGCCUCUCUCGGCGUUCCAUCAGCAAGGAGCGAUGGGUGGAGACGCUGGUGGUGGCUGACACGAAGAUGAUCGAGUAUCAUGGGAGUGAGAACGUGGAGUCCUAUAUCCUCACCAUCAUGAACAUGGUCACCGGGCUGUUCCAUAACCCAAGCAUUGGCAAUGCAAUUCACAUUGUCGUGGUUCGGCUCAUUCUACUCGAAGAAGAAGAGCAAGGACUGAAAAUAGUUCACCAUGCAGAGAAGACACUGUCUAGUUUCUGCAAGUGGCAGAAGAGCAUCAAUCCCAAGAGUGACCUCAACCCUGUCCAUCACGAUGUGGCCGUCCUUCUUACCAGAAAAGACAUCUGUGCUGGUGUCAAUCGCCCCUGCGAGACCCUGGGUCUGUCUCACCUGUCAGGAAUGUGCCAGCCUCACCGGAGUUGUAACAUCAACGAGGACUCGGGACUCCCUCUGGCUUUCACAAUUGCCCAUGAGCUUGGACACAGCUUUGGCAUCCAGCAUGACGGGAAAGAAAACGACUGUGAGCCCGUGGGCAGGCACCCGUACAUCAUGUCCCGCCAGCUCCAAUACGACCCCACUCCACUGACAUGGUCCAAGUGCAGCAAGGAGUAUAUCACCCGCUUCUUAGACCGAGGCUGGGGGUUCUGUCUUGAUGACAUACCCAAAAAGAAAGGCUUGAAGUCCAAGGUUAUUGCCCCUGGAGUGAUCUAUGAUGUCCACCACCAAUGCCAGCUACAGUAUGGACCCAAUGCUACCUUCUGCCAGGAAGUAGAAAACGUCUGCCAGACACUGUGGUGCUCAGUGAAAGGUUUUUGUCGCUCUAAGCUGGACGCCGCUGCAGAUGGGACGCGUUGUGGUGAGAAGAAGUGGUGCAUGGCCGGCAAGUGCAUCACAGUGGGGAAGAAGCCAGAGAGCAUACCUGGAGGCUGGGGCCGCUGGUCACCCUGGUCCCACUGUUCCAGGACCUGUGGCGCAGGAGCCCAGAGUGCAGAGAGGCUCUGCAACAACCCUGAACCAAAGUUUGGAGGGAAAUAUUGCACUGGAGAAAGAAAACGCUAUCGCUUGUGCAACGUCCACCCCUGUCGCUCAGGUACACCAACAUUUCGGCAGAUGCAAUGCAGUGAAUUUGACACUGUUCCCUACAAGAAUGAAUUCUACCACUGGUUUCCUGUUUUUAAUCAAGCGCACCCCUGCGAGCUCUACUGCCGACCCAUAGAUGGCCAGUUUUCUGAGAAAAUGCUGGAUGCUGUCAUAGAUGGUACCCCUUGCUUUGAAGGCGGCAACAGCAGAAAUGUCUGUAUUAAUGGCAUGUGUAAGAUGGUCGGCUGUGACUACGAGAUCGAUUCCAAUGCCACAGAGGACCGCUGUGGAGUGUGCCUUGGAGAUGGCUCUGCCUGCCAGACCGUGAGAAAGAUGUUUAAACAGAAAGAAGGAUCUGGUUAUGUUGACAUCGCGCUCAUUCCGAAAGGAGCAAGGGACAUAAGGGUGAUGGAAGUUGAGGGAGCUGGAAACUUCCUGGCUAUCAGGAGUGAAGACCCUGAGAAAUAUUACCUCAAUGGAGGAUUUAUUAUCCAGUGGAAUGGGAACUAUAAGCUGGCAGGGACUGUCUUUCAGUAUGACAGGAAAGGAGAGCUGGAGAAACUGAUGGCCACAGGUCCUACCAAUGAGUCGGUGUGGAUCCAGCUCCUAUUCCAAGUGACUAACCCUGGCAUCAAGUAUGAGUACACAAUCCGGAAAGAUGGCCUUGACAAUGACGUGGAGCACCUGAUGUACUUCUGGCAGUAUGGCCGCUGGACAGAGUGCAGUGUGACCUGUGGGACAGGUAUCCGCCGCCAGACUGCCCAUUGCAUAAAGAAGGGUCGUGGGAUAGUGAAAGCUACAUUCUGUGACCCAGAAAUGCAGCCCAAUGGGAGACAGAAGAAGUGCUAUGAAAAGGCUUGUCCGCCCAGGUGGUGGGCAGGGGAGUGGGAAGCAUGUUCGGCCACAUGUGGGCCCCAUGGAGAGAAGAAGCGAACGGUGCUGUGCAUCCAGACCAUGGGCUCCGACGAGCAGGCCCUCCCGCCUACCGACUGCCAGCACCUGCUGAAGCCCAAGACACUUACAUCCUGUAACAGAGACAUCCUGUGUCCGUCGGACUGGACGGUGGGCAACUGGAGCGAGUGUUCUGUUUCCUGUGGUGGUGGAGUGCGGAUUCGCAGUGUCACGUGUGCCAAGAACCAUGAUGAACCUUGCGAUGUGACAAGGAAACCCAAUAGCCGAGCUCUGUGUGGCCUCCAGCAGUGCCCAUCUAGCCGAAGAGUGCUGAAACCCAGCAAAGGCACAAUUGCCAAUGGGAAAGAUCUACCAACACCUGAGCAAGACCCCUUAAAGCCCACCUCUCCACCUCCACCCAGGCCCAGGGUGCUGACCACAGCCUCAGUGCCUGAGUCUGUGAGCACAAGUACUCCGGCAAUUAGCAGCCCUAGUCCCAGCACAGCCUCCAAAGGGGGAGACCUGGAUGGGAAACAGUGGCAGAAUAGUUCAACCCAACCUGAACUGGACUCUCACGAUCUCAUUUCCACUGGAAGCACUGCCCAGCCCAUCCUCACUUCCCAGUCUUUGAGCAUCCAGCCACAUAAUGAAAAUGUGUCCAAUUCAGAUACUGGUCCUACCUCAGAGGGAGACCUUUUAGCUACAACGACAAGUGGUGCUGACUUGUCAUCUUCUAGCAACCCUGUGACUUGGCAGGUGACUCCAUUUUACAAUACCUUGACCAAAGAUCCAGACAUGGAGAUUCACAGUGGCUCAGGCGAAGGCAGUGAACAACCUGAGAACAAAGAAGAAAACAACCCUGUAAUAUGGAACAAGAUUAGAGUACCUGGAAAUGAUGCUCCAGUGGAAAGAAGUACAGAAAUGCCACUUGGACCUCCACCGACACCUUAUCUUGGGGGGCAGUCCUGGUGGCCACCCUUGAGCACAGCGAUGGAGGGACUCCUUACAAGCCAAAGGCCCGGCAUUCUCAAAAAUGGGACACCCAGCAUGGAGCGGGUGGAUUCUGAGAAGCCAGCUAACACUCCACUCCCUCUGGGAGGAGACACCCAGCCAGUACCCUCAGAAAAGUCAGUAAACCAUAACCACCUGGAACUUUCAAACAACAUGAAUCUAACACAGAGUUCUGGGCCAGUGCUGACUGAGGAGGAUGCAACAAGUCUGAUUGCUGAGGGCUUUUUGCUGAAUGCCUCCAAUUACAAGCAACUCACAAAGAGCCACAGCCCUGCACACUGGAUUGUUGGAAAUUGGAGUGAGUGUUCCACCACGUGUGGCCUGGGGGCCUACUGGAGGAGGGUAGAGUGCAGCACCCAGAUGGACUCUGACUGCUCGGCCAUCCAAAGACCUGACCCUGCUAAGAGAUGCCACCUCCGCCCGUGCGCCGGCUGGAGAGUGGGAAACUGGAGCAAGUGCUCCAGAAACUGCAGCGGGGGCCUCAAGAUCCGCGAGAUUCAGUGCGUGGACAGCCAAGACCGCCGGAGCCUGAGGCCGUUUCACUGCCAGUUCCUGGCCGGCGUUCCUCCCCCCAUGAGCAUGAGCUGUAACCCUGAGCCCUGUGAGGAGUGGCAGGGGGAGCCCUGGAGUCAGUGUUCCAGGUCCUGUGGAGGUGGAGUUCAGGAGAGAGGAGUGUCUUGUCCAGGUGGCCUCUGUGACUGGACAAAAAGGCCCACAUCCACCAUGCCCUGCAAUGAGCACCUUUGCUGUCACUGGGCCACUGGGAAAUGGGACCAGUGUACUGCUGCCUGUGGAGGUGGCCUUCAGAAGAGGACUGUCCAUUGUGUCCCCUCAGAGGACACUAAAACUGAAGACCAAGACCAGUGCCUGUGUGAUCAUGAAACCAGGCCUCCAGAAUUCAAAAAAUGCAACCAACAGGACUGCAAAAAGAGUGCUGAUUUACUUUGCACCAAGGACAAGCUGUCGGCCAGUUUCUGCCAGACACUGAAAGCCAUGAAGAAAUGUUCUGUGCCCACUGUGAGGGAUCAGUGCUGCUUCUCAUGUCCCCAGACACACGUCACCCACACCGGAAGGCAAAGAAAGAGACAGUUGCUCCCAAACCCCAAAGCACCCUGA